GUAACUGCAAUUCGCCGCCACUGGAUGGCUGUACAGGGUUGUAAUUUUGCCUAUUGACAACAACAAUUUCGCAGAAAGUGAAUCUCGCAAAACGUGUCUGUCGGAAUUUUUAGUUUUAUUUUUUGCAAAAGGCAGCAUCAUUUCGUUCCCCCGGAAACAAGUGCUGAAAUUUUAUACGUUUUUUAUAUAUCCAUCCAUAAAUAUACAAAUCUAACUUUUGUAUAAUGGCUUUAAAUCCCCUGUACGAUGAUAUUGGCAAAGGAUUUGUCCAACAAUAUUACGCCAUGUUCGACGAUCCAUUGCAGCGACCAAAUGUGGCCAAUUUCUACAGUGCUACUGACUCAUUUAUGACCUUCGAAGGACUUCAAAUGCAGGGAGCAACAAAAAUCAUGGAAAAAAUUACAAGCCUUUCGUUUCAAAAGAUUACCAGAGUGAUUACGACCGUGGAUUCACAGCCCAUGUUCGAUGGUGGCGUUCUAAUCAAUGUCCUGGGUCGUUUGCAGUGCGACGAAGACCCUCCACAUGCCUACUGCCAGACCUUUGUGCUCAAGCCCUUGGGUGGCACCUUCUUCUGUGCUCAUGAUAUUUUCCGUUUGAAUAUUCACAACACCGCAUAAAUGAACAUAAAUCGCUAAAAGCUAUACUAUAUGUUUUAUACUAUCUGGGUGGGGUCGUGGUCACUAAGAGGAUCUCACUCUGUUGUGCUGUGGCGGUAGCUAGCCUAAUUUGCAUUAUCAAUCAACCGGCUUUUCCCAAGACCCAAGGAAUUUAAAACAACAAAAAUGAAAAAUAAAUAUUUAUAACCUAAAACUCUUGUGUAUUGUAAGUCUGAAAUAAAUAAUAAAAAAAAUGGUUUGUUUUCAAGCAUUCGUCUAUUUA